AUGUCUCUUGCAACAGAUGGAACCUCUACCAUCGGCAUUACUCAAGCUGCCAUCAACGUCUUCCUCGCGUCGCAACAAGACAGCGGUCUUAUCAGUGGCCUCGGCUACUGGCAAGUAGCCAAUGGCUACACAGCAAUCGCGCUGCACGAUCUCUGGUCCAAUACUCCUUCCUACAGCGGCAUCUUGGACGGCCUCAUCGGCAAAGUCGAGGUGAAUACCACAAACUGCAUCAAUGACAUGAACGACGACUCUAUGUGGUGGGCGAUCUGUGUAUUGGAGGCUUUCGAUCUUACGGGGGGACCGAGUCAUCUUGCAGUAGCAGAGGCCAUCUGGGAACAUGUCAACCACUAUGUGAUUCCGACUGGGAAAUAUAUCAUCAACGGCACCGACAUGGGAGGCGGGGUGAUUUGGUCGAGCAAGCCGAAUGAAACCCAAGUCAAUGCCGUUACCACUGGUCUCUACGCGGAGCUAUCAGCACGAUUAGCAUGUCAGCAAGCGAACGAAACGGACAGAGAAAAAUUCCUCGCCUCUGCCAUCAACAGCUUCUCUUGGAUCUUGCGCAGCAGGUUCGAUCAAGACAGGUAUAUUGUCCUGGAUCACAUCGAUCUCGGCACAGGCCGGAGCUACGAUUGGACCUUCACGUACAACACCGGCCAAGCUAUUGCAGCAUCUAUCGCCAUCUAUAAUACCUUGAAAUCGAGAGACUUGGACUUGAUUCAAUCUGCAACGACAGAAGCGUAUCUGGCCCUGGCCUGUGAUAUGGCCAGCCAUGCCAUAACUCGGGGCAGCUGGGUCGACGUGAAUGGAACACUCACGGAGCCUGGGGCGUACCCUGGCACCGGUCCGGACAAAAAGCCAGCAUGGGAGAACGACGACGCUAUUGGCUUCAAAGCCAUAUUGCUACGGAGCCUGGCCAAGCUGUACAGGAUCCUCUGCCGCGACGACAGCCACCCAGAAAUGCAAACACAGUUGGCGAGUUUUAUCGAGACGCAGUUCCAAAGUUUGCAGCUGAGAGAUACAAACGGGAAGGGACAAUACGGCCCCUGGUGGGAUGGUCCCAUGGAUUUGCCAACAAGUCACUCCCAACUUGCAGCACUUGAUGUGAUGGCGGCCAUUCAUGUCGUGUGA